GAGCUCGGCCCAGUAUUCUCCGGGGCAAUCGAUUUUGAAAUGUUUUGAACCCCUCACUUGCGAGAUAGAGGGUUUUCCUCCUCAGAAAAUAGCACUAAAAACAUGUUUGACGUGGCUUUAAGUAGUGCUGGAGCAACUAUUGCCCUUGCUACAUCAUUUGAUGAAAAUCAUCCACCAGAAAAUAUCAUUGAUGGAAGCCUUGAUACUUUCUGGCCAACAACUGGAAUGUUUCCUCAAGAAUUCAUCAUCACCUUUAGUGCAUUAAUGAGCAUUGGAAAUAUAAAAUUCCUAUCUUCAAAUGUUAAAAGCCUCUGCAUUGAGAAAAGCACAAAAACAGAACCAGUAGACUUUGAACCUCUUGUGGACAAAGAGUAUGAAAAUUUAGAGGGUCAGAUGCAGAGAGAUGAGAUCAAGAUUCCUGUUACAUCAGCAUGUCAUCUGAGAUUUCUUAUCAAAAGUGGAUUUGACCAUUUUGUUUCCAUUCAUAAUGUCAGUGUUGAUGGCACAGCUGUGCACUGAACUUCAGUCUCCACAUUCAGACAAGUUGUGAAUAGAAGUAAAUACAUGUACAUGAAUGAAGCAAAUAAUUAUAGUUAUCUCUUAGCAGAA